UGUUAUUUGGUUUUUUUAAUGAGCAUAAUGUUUUAACAUCUCAGUGGAAUAUUGAAUGCAAAGCAAGGCUUACUUUUUUGCUAAUUAACUAAACAAAAUUGUGUUUAAAUAGCAUCAAAAUAUGAGUGUUCAUUUUAUUAAACGGACGUAGCGAUUAGUGUAUUAACAAAAUGCCCGAAAUAAAUAGUAUUUUUAUUGACGAUCCAAAACGUCUGCGAGAGCCGAUCAAAUCCAUUGAGGAUAAAUGGAAAUUGGUGCCGGCAUUUUUACAAAUCAAAGGUUUAGUAAGACAACAUAUUGACUCCUUCAAUUAUUUUGUGAAUACAGACAUUAAAAACAUUGUCAAAGCCAAUGAAAAAGUGCUUAGCGAUGUAGAUCCAACAUUUUAUCUAAGAUAUUUGAACGUUUAUGUUGGCCGACCGGAUGUCGAAGAUGGUUUUAACAUAACAAAAAAUACAACGCCACACGAAUGCCGGCUGAGAGAUAUGACUUAUUCAGCACCGAUAACCGUUGAUAUUGAAUACACCCGUGGCACACAACGUGUCGUUCGCUCGAAUUUAUUGAUUGGUCGGAUGCCAAUCAUGUUACGCUCAUCGAUGUGUGUGCUAAACAAUAAAUCGGAAUUUGAAAUGUCACAGCUAAAUGAAUGUCCACACGAUCCAGGCGGUUAUUUUGUGGUCCGUGGACAGGAGAAGGUCAUUUUGAUUCAAGAGCAAAUGUCACACAACAAAAUGAUUACGGAGGACUACAAUGGUAUAAUGCAGUGCAUUGUAACGAGUUCAACACAUGAAAAGAAAUCAAGAACGAUUGUUUUGAGUCGCGGUGGAAAAUACUUUCUACGCCAUAAUUCUAUGACCGAUGACAUACCGAUUGCUAUUAUUUUCAAAGCUAUGGGCUUGUCAACGGAUCAAGAAAUAAUGCAAUACAUCGGAACGGAUGAACAUACCCAAAAUCGAUUUCAACCGUCACUUCUUGAUGUUGUUAACAAUAAGAUUUUCACACAGCAACGUGCAUUAGAGUAUAUGGGCACGAAAUUGAUUGCCAAAAGAUUUACAACAGCAGCUACAAAGCAUUUAACACCGCCGGAUGAGGCCAGAGAAUUGCUUGCAUCAACAAUUUUAGCUCACGUUCCAGUCGAACGAUACAAUUUCCAAAUUAAAGCAAUUUAUGUGGCAUUAAUGGUGCGCCGAAUUAUGGCAGCUGAAAUGAAUGACGCUGCUGUUGACGAUCGCGAUUAUUAUGGAAAUAAACGGCUUGAAUUGGCCGGUUCGUUGUUGUCACUCAUGUUUGAGGAUUUAUUCAAACGUUUCAAUUGGGAAUUGAAAACAAUUGCCGACAAGAAUAUACCGAAAAUAAAAGCCGCUCAAUUUGAUAUUGUGAAGCACAUGCGAGCCGCCCAAAUCACGGCUGGCCUUGAAAGUGCUAUUUCGACGGGAAAUUGGACUAUUAAACGUUUCAAAAUGGAACGUGCUGGUGUGACACAAGUUUUAUCGCGACUAAGUUACAUUUCGGCAUUGGGUAUGAUGACAAGAGUUAAUUCACAAUUUGAAAAAUCGCGAAAAGUGUCUGGUCCGCGUUCGUUACAGCCAAGUCAAUGGGGUAUGCUGUGUCCAUCCGAUACACCAGAAGGAGAAGCUUGUGGUUUAGUAAAGAAUUUGGCGCUGAUGACACACAUCACAACUGAUGUUGAUAAAGAGCCAGUCAUUCGUUUCAUUGCUUCAUAUUUGGAAGAUAUACGUUUGUUGAGCGGUGAAAGUAUAAAUAAUAGUCGUGAAAUGAUGGUUUUCAUCAAUGGUAACAUUCUGGGCGUUAUACAUGAUUAUCGACGAUUGCUUCAAGCGUUUCGAUUGCUACGUCGUAAAGGUCGCAUUGGAAGUUUUGUAUCCAUUCACACAAAUCAUUUGCAACGUUGCGUUUACAUUCACACUGACGGCGGUCGACUGUGUCGUCCAUAUAUUAUUGUUGAAAAAGGUGUUCCAUUAGUUAAACCACGUCAUAUUGAGGAAUUGAAUGAAGGUAUUCGAAAAUUUGAUGAUUUCAUCUCCGACGGUCUGAUAGAAUAUCUUGAUGUAAAUGAAGAGAAUGAUUCAUUCAUCGCGACUAGAGAGCACGAAAUUAUCGCUGAGAAAACAACCCAUUUGGAAAUCGAACCAUUCACUUUACUCGGUGUGUGCGCUGGAUUGGUGCCAUAUCCUCACCAUAAUCAAAGUCCACGUAAUACAUAUCAAUGUGCUAUGGGAAAACAGGCCAUGGGAAUCAUUGGAUACAAUCAGAAAAAUCGCAUCGAUACUCUUAUGUAUAAUAUCGUUUAUCCUCAGACCCCAAUGGUUCGUUCAAAAACAAUCGAAUUGACACACUUUGACAAAUUGCCCGCGGGACAAAACGCUACGGUGGCGGUGAUGAGUUAUUCGGGUUACGAUAUUGAAGAUGCCUUAAUUUUGAACAAAGCAUCAAUAAAUCGCGGAUACGGACGAUGUUUGGUGUAUAAAAAUACAAAAUGUACGGUUAAACGAUACACAAAUCAAACGUACGAUCGUAUUAUGGGUCCAUCGAAAGAUGUGGCCACAAACAAAGUCAUUUUUCGGCAUGAAGCAUUGGACAGCGAUGGCAUUGUGUCGCCCGGUGAAAUGGUUCAAAACAAACAAACGAUGAUAAAUAAAGAAAUGCCAUCGGUGACAUCGAUUAAUCCGGUUGAACAAAAAGAGGCUGGAGUUCAAAAUGUUUCAUAUUCGCCGGUGCCGAUCACGUACAGAAACGUUGAGCCGAGCUACAUUGAAAAGGUAUUGGUGACUGCAAAUGCUGAAGAAGAUUUUCUGAUUAAAAUUCUAUUGCGACAAACACGAUGCCCGGAAAUUGGUGAUAAAUUUAGUUCACGUCACGGACAAAAAGGUGUCACCGGAUUGAUAGUUGAACAAGAAGAUUUACCAUUCAAUGAUUUUGGUAUAUCACCGGAUAUGGUCAUGAAUCCGCAUGGUUUUCCGUCUCGAAUGACAGUGGGAAAAUCGCUUGAAUUGCUCGGUGGUAAAGCCGGUCUUUUAGAGGGAAAAUUUCAUUACGGCACUGCAUUCGGUGGCUCAAAAUGUUCUGAUAUACAGGAUGAACUAUUUAAACAUGGUUACAAUUACAUGGGCAAAGAUGUUUUCUAUUCCGGAAUCACUGGCGAACCGCUUGAAAUGUACAUCUAUUCGGGACCGGUUUACUAUCAAAAAUUGAAGCACAUGGUACAAGAUAAAAUGCAUGCACGUGCACGGGGUCCCAGAGCAGUUCUGACACGACAACCAACACAAGGUAGGAGCCGAGAAGGUGGUCUUCGUCUAGGCGAAAUGGAACGUGAUUGUUUAAUUUCGUAUGGUGCCAGUAUGUUGAUAAUGGAACGUUUGAUGAUAUCGUCGGAUGCAUUCGAUGUUGAUGUUUGUAAUACGUGUGGACGCUUGGCAUAUUCUUCAUGGUGCCAUAAUUGCAAAUCGUCUUCCAGCGUUUCAAAAAUAUCCAUGCCAUAUGCGUGUAAACUUCUAUUCCAAGAAUUGACGAGUAUGAAUGUCAUACCACGUUUGAAACUUACAAACUAUUGAUUUUAUAGUGGUUACGAAGAAUUGAGUAAAAAUAAAACAAAGCAAAUGACUGAAACAAAUAAAAGCAUGUAUUCUCAUUU